UUCAUGUGUGAGCAAAUGAAAUCUCUCAACAGUGCAAGACAGAUCGAAGUGUGUUCCAAAUAGUUGUCGUGGGAACAAAACCUAUUUUACUGAAGUUUUAUAUGAAUUUAAGGAUUGCAAUUGUUUCCAAACCUCAACUGUCAAGGACCAAGACGCAUACGAUUUUGAGUUCCAGCUAAUUUAUUCAGGAAAUCAGGUGCUCCCCUCUCCCCAUCACCCCAUCCCGUUCUCUCUGCAUGGUCAUGUUCUGCUGUUGCUACCCCUCCAGCACCUCAGCUCUCCUGAUAGUCCUCCUCAGCCUCACCCCCCUGCUGGCACUGGCAACACCUGCACUUCAGCAGAGACCCUCAGUCCGCAGCAGCAUCAAUGAGGCUCUCCACUUGGCAAAAAAGGACCAGGGGGCAGCAGAAGAAGCUGCUUGGACACAUAGGAAUUUGGAGAACCUACUCCAGAAACCCUUGGGACAGGAACAUGUCUCAGAUAUGGACUAUUCCAGUGCUCUAGCCUCUGUUCUACUUGAGGCCCUUGACCGUCCAGCCAGAGAGAAGAUGACCAUUAAAUUGGAUUCUGAAGAGAGACUCACAUUGGAGGCAAUGGGGGAUCAGGGAUCCAGCAAAGACCAUGAACAGAACAGAGAGCAUGAGGAGGGCAUAGAGAUAUUAUCAGAUGCAACACAGAGUAAGAAAAACGAAGAAGGAGAACACAAGGAGAAUGAGACGAAUGUGGCUGAAGUGCAGAGCCAGUCUAUUAUGGCCAACCCCCUUAAGCGCAAAGCCAGGGGCUAUUUUCAAAACAUUGACCUCGGACUGCAAGACAAUGAGAUUCUCCCUCCUCUAAAAGGCUACAAAGCCUAUAACCAACAGCUGGCCCAGGCCACCAAGAAGCUUAAGUGGCAAGAGGAGCAAACUAGAAACCCAUCCCAGCUCGAAAGAAAUUUCAUGGAUGAUUUUGAUUUUGUGGAAGAAGAGGAGGAGAUUCUAACCCACAAGGAGGAGGAGUCACGGGCACGGGCAGAGCAGGAGGAGGUGAGGCAGCAAGAGGCAGAGGCACAGGAGGCACGCGAGGAGGAGCAGAGAUUGGCCGACAUCGCCUCUGACAUGCUUCUGGACUACAUGGGCAGAAAGCAGAAAGCAUCCACCUACAUGAGAGACAUGAAGAAGGUGGCGCUUCUAAACAAUGUGGCCGAGGACAAGCGCUCUAAUGAGGUGGAGGACAGUGAUGAUGAUGACGAGAUGGAUCCUCAGACGAUCGACAGGCUAAUCGAAAUCUCAAGCAAGCUGCACCUGCCUGCUGAUGAUGUGGUCGAAAUAAUCAGUGAUGUUCAGGAGAAAAAGAAAAAAAGGAAGGAUUUACCACAAAGCAACAUCCCUCGUUUCCGUCCUCUGGUUCCUCUCAAAGCCAAACUGAGGCCUCAGGCAUAUCAAUUUUCUAGGUCACCUAAGAAAUCCUCUAAUCCAGUCAAUCCUUAUAAGAAAUGGAAGAAGGAGAAAAACAAAGCCAAGCUCAGUAAGCAGGACUACUGGUUUAAGCCACAGAAGCAGUUUCUGGCCUAUCCCUCAUUUCCCUAUUAUCAGAAGCCAUAUCGAGCCUAUUAUCCUGUCUUCUUCCCUCCCCCUAAGCCCCGGUUCUAUACCAAUCCUGCUCUCUCCUUUGACUAUAACUUUGGGGGCUCCUUGGGGUAUGGCCUCAAACCUCCAAACCGUAGGCACAGAGACAGGGCAAAGGCAAGGGACUGGAAAUGGGCACAAGCCCCACAACGCUCCCAGAGCCCAUACCCACAACCAGACAGUGUCAUAUCUAAUUACAUUCUCCCACAUCCUCGAACUUACCAGGCUCUCCCCAUGCCCAAACCACGCUCUCCUCCCAGCGGGAGAUCACCCUCUUACAUCUACCCACCAGACUAUGUGUACGAUGAGCCAGAGUCUCCGCAGGACAAUGAUGAAGAGCUGGAGAACUUCAUUGAGAAGAUUUAUUACAACCGUAGAUUAUUUUAGUCUGUGAGAUUUCAGGAGUUUUAUCCUAAAGCGAUGAAACUAGCGAUGAAAGAUUGAGGAGAAUGCUGGCAAAACCUGAAAGCGUUUUGAGCGUCAAAGCUGUGAAAAGACAGUUAGGUGUUUCUUCUCCACUCUUGUGUUUUAAUACAUUCCAAAUCAGAAGAGAAGGUGCUGUAAUCAGAACCUCUCUGCGUGCACUCAUUUGGUUUCUCUCGCAGUUUACAUUUUAAUUUGGUGAGAGAAUACACAGGUGAAUUUGUAAGGUUUCAUUCAGGUAUGUUUUUGAUUCUCUUGUACGUAUGUCAAAAAAGAAAAAACAAAAACAAAAGAAAAAAUUGAAAACAAAAAUAAAACUGAAAAUAGUCAAAUUAACAACCAACCAAACAAAACAUUAUAGGUGCCAAUUGCAAGAGACCCAUGUUUACACACAUAUUAUUUUCUUUAGGAAACACUUGAUUAAUUGUGAAGCAAAGAGAUGUAUUCUGGAGACUGCAGGGCACAGUAAUAAUGGCUAUGGUAUUAGUUACAAAAACAAGUAACAGUCAAAUUGUCACAGGCUUUUCCUGAGGGUCUGUUGGAAUGUAUUGAUCAAUGUUCCUAUUGCCUUAAUACUGAUCACUGUUUUAACUCAUUCAUGUGCAUGCAGGUCUUGCACCACUAAAAAUAAAUCUGUCAUGUACGCUGUAUACAAUGCUUGAAACAAAAUCUUCCAUUUUAUGCCCUGUCAAACUGCUUGGUGGUAUAUACCUGUACACAUGUGAUUUAAUGUAAACUUUACAUCCUCCCAAAAUGUUCAACAAAUUUUGAAAGGCCCCUAUUAUUGUGGGUUAGCACCAACGUACAACCACUGAGUACAGGAUUUUUGUCACAAAAGCCAACGGAACGCUGUAUAGUAAUGUUUGUUCCUAAAAAAAGUUUUAAAAUGUCUGAUAUUUGUGAGGAAUAAUCUGAGGGUGAACAGUUUGCACGUCUAUCUGUAUUUGCAUCUUAAAAAAAAAAAAAAAACUGAUACAUUUGGGGAAAAUCGCCUCUGAUCAAACUAUGAUUAUUAAAAAAAAUUAUAAUAAAAAAAAAGAAAGAGAACUUAAUUACUAUAGCAAGUGUUUUCAUCAGUGAACUGUCUUGUGAAAGGAAUUUGUUGUUGUCAACUUCCAGAUUGUAAGUUGUACAGUGUCAAAUAAACAAAUG